AUGUUUGUUGACUACAUCCGGACGGCCUUGACACAGCCGAUCAACAUAAUACCGGCCAUCAUCGUUCUCAUUGUUAUUUUCAAAAUCCGAGCAUGGUCUAAGGAUGAUGGUAUUCCAUCUGUGAAAUCGAACAUUCCUGUCGUCGGAAACCUCCUCGACUAUGCUAAGGAUAUGGAAAAAUAUGUGCGUGAGUCGGGCAAGAAAUACGGACAGGUCUUUCAGAUCAACCUCCUCCUUACCAACACCAUCUGGCUUAAUAGCCCUGCCUUAAAUAAAGAAUAUCUUUUUGCUCGUGAGGAUGUUUGGUCAUUCGGUGAUGGCAUGGGCGUGUUCCUGAACAAAGUCGUUGUCCCAAACUUCUUCGACCAGCUUCGCGUUCUUGUAGGGUCCCUUAGCAGAGGGAUUUCCAACAACGCAGCCAUCACCCAUUAUACCAAUUUGGCUGGAAUUGAAACCGAGAAGGCAAUCGCGGACUGGGCAGACCGCAAGGAACCCCUGAAUCUUUUCAAGGAUACCUCUUACAUUGUACACAAGAUAAUUGUUCAGUGCAUGAUGGGCCCAGAUUUCUACGAUGCUGCUGAUGAACUUUUUGACCUUCUUCACGUCAUGGAAGCUAAUCUGGGCAGUAUCUGGAACUUCAUUCUCCCCGAAUGGCUCCCUUAUCCUGCUGCUAAGAAGCUAUGGGCUGCUCGUGAUCGCACCAAGGAGAUAUUCAACGUCCGUCUUGCCGCUCGGGAGAAGGAGCCAGAGAAAUGGAAGAAGGAAUUGGACUACAUUUCUUAUACCCUCCGAGACCCUGUCACCGCUCAUUUGAAGGACAAAUACAGUGCACUUCACACAGUUCUGAUGUUUGCUGCCCAUACAAGUACUGUUGCUGGCGUUGCCUGGACCAUCAUUGAGCUUCUCAGAAAUCCUCAAUAUCUCGAGCGUCUUCGCAAGGAACUUGCUGCUAACCCGAACCCAGAGGAGUCUGAGUUCAUGGGUGCCCUAAUGAAAGAAACUGUCCGCCACUACGUAGCAUUCAACGACCUUCGCUUCACCCGACAACCAAAAACUCUUACUAACGCCGAUUCCAAAAAGCCAAUAACUAUCCCCGCUGGUACUAUGGUAUCGAUCUCCCCAUAUAUCACCCACCAUGACCCAAGCAUCUGGGCGAACCCCAAUGAGUAUCUUCCAGAGCGUUGGAUUGAUGAGCCAAACCUCCAGAAGAAGAUGAACGAGGGCAAUAACAUCCGCUAUCUACCAUUUGGUGCCGGGAGUCAUCGUUGCCCAGGAGAGAAGAUGGCGCUAAUGAUGAUGAGAACUAUUGUUGCCAAAAUCGUUAUGACCUGUGACAUGGAUUGGCCUGCUGGCCAGGCUAACCAAAACACCACCGACUUGGACUUUGCUAAAAUAGGAAGCCCGUGGCUCAAGGGUGAUAUUCGCGUUAAGAUUCAGCCCAAGAUGAAGUAA